UAAAAUGAGCGGCAGAGGUAAAACCGGCGGUAAGGCGAGAGCGAAGGCCAAGACUCGCUCAUCCAGAGCUGGACUGCAGUUCCCCGUCGGUCGUGUUCACAGACUUCUCCGUAAAGGCAACUAUGCUGAGCGUGUCGGUGCCGGUGCUCCCGUCUAUCUGGCCGCAGUGCUCGAGUAUCUGACCGCUGAGAUCCUGGAGUUGGCCGGAAACGCCGCUCGUGACAACAAGAAGACUCGCAUCAUUCCCCGUCAUCUGCAGCUGGCGGUACGCAAUGACGAGGAGCUAAACAAACUUUUGGGCGGUGUUACCAUCGCUCAGGGCGGCGUGCUGCCCAACAUCCAGGCUGUGCUGUUGCCCAAGAAGACCGAGAAGCCCGCCAAGGGGACCAUCAAAAUAAAGACCAAACUCUGUGGAAGAGGCAAAACCGGAGGCAAAGCAAGAGCUAAGGCCAAGACUCGCUCAUCCAGAGCUGGACUGCAGUUCCCCGUCGGCCGUGUUCACAGACUUCUCCGUAAAGGCAACUAUGCUGAGCGUGUCGGUGCCGGUGCUCCCGUCUAUCUGGCCGCAGUGCUCGAGUAUCUGACCGCUGAGAUCCUGGAGUUGGCCGGAAACGCCGCUCGUGACAACAAGAAGACUCGCAUCAUUCCCCGUCAUCUGCAGCUGGCGGUGCGCAAUGACGAGGAGCUGAACAAACUUCUAGGCGGUGUGACCAUCGCUCAGGGCGGCGUGCUGCCCAACAUCCAGGCUGUGCUGUUGCCCAAAAAGACCGAGAAGCCCGCGAAGACCAAAUAA